CUCCAGCCACUCACCGAUCCCAAUUCCCCGCCGACGCCGGCGCUGUUUUUCCUAUUCUCUCCUCAGGACUCAUCCAUCCAUCACCCUCUCUACUAAAGGGAGUCAAUUCGUCGCGAGAGCAAGUCUUCCGUUGCUCUCCCACAAUCCCGCGUCCGUGAGUGCGAGAGAGAGACUAUUCCCUCAUCGCCACCACAGCCGCAUUCGCCAUGUCCUCGCUUCGGCCCAUCGCCCAGCGCUGGGCCGCCAAGACGACGACGACCUCUGUCGCAAAGGCCUCUCCUGUGGCCGGCCUCCGCUACAACUCGUCGUCCUCGUCGUCACCGCCCUCCUCCUCUUCUUCCUCCUCCUCGCGCGGCCCCAGCUCCUCCACCUCGGCGCUCGCCUACAAGGCCCUGCACCGUCGCUCCGCGCCUCUCCCCAAGAGCGCCGCCACGCCCGCCUGGUCCGCCCAGUCCGCCGUCUCCAACAUCCUCUACGAGACGCCCACGCCCCCGACCGACCCCCCCAAGCGCCACAUCCUCAACUGCCUCGUCCAGAACGAGCCCGGCGUACUCUCCCGCCUCUCCGGCAUCAUCGCCGCCCGCGGCUUCAACAUUGACUCCCUCGUCGUCUGCAACACAGAGGUCGAGGACCUCUCCCGCAUGACCAUUGUCCUCACCGGCCACGACGGCGUCGUCGAGCAGGCCCGCCGCCAGCUCGAGGACCUCGUCCCCGUCUGGGCCGUCCUCGACUACACAGAGGCCGCCCUCGUCCAGCGCGAGCUCCUCCUCGCCAAGAUCAACAUCCUCGGCCCAGAGUACUUUGAGGAGCUCCUCCACCACCACCGCGAGAUCACCACCGGCCACCCCGCCGUCGCCGACGAGCUCGCCGCCGCCGCCGCCGAGCAGGGCCAGCAGCAGACCCUCGAGCAGACCGCAAAGGACUUUCACCCCAGCAAGCUCGCCGCCUCCGAGGCGUUGCGCCACAAGCACGAGCAUCUCAAGUCCAUCACCUACUUUGCGCACCAGUUUGGCGGCAAGGUGCUGGAUAUUAGUAAUACCAGCUGCAUCGUCGAGGUGUCCGCAAAGCAGAGCAGGAUCGACUCCUUCCUCAAGCUCGUCGGCCCCUUUGGCAUCCUCGAGUCCGCACGCACCGGUCUCAUGGCCCUGCCUCGCUCGCCCCUCCACGGCAUCAACGAGGAGGCCAUUGCCAAGGAGGCGGAUGAGGCUGUCGACGCGAGCCAGCUUCCCCCUGGCUAGGGGCUUUGUGCAAGUUGGUGUAUAAGACGCGCGCGCUUCUUUACCCAUCCAUACUGCUCCACGGAGACUUGUUCGAGUUGUUCGAGAAAAUACGUAUUUCAAAAAAAAAAAAAAAAAAAAAAAAAACAUGUAUCAUUUCCUAGUGUGACUUCUCUGUAAAUAGAAAGACACAACUGCAAGGCCUAGCUUGCCCCCCUAA